AUGAAGACCACCUACGCCUAUCUCUUGACUACCCUUAUGGCGUCUGUUGCCUACUCGGCUCCGACUCCUGUUGCGGAAGCCAACCCCGAGAAUGUUGACGCCGGACACUUCCUCGAGAAGGCUUACGUCUGGGGCGGCUACAGGAAGGACGCUGCGGGGGAAGAGGCCGCUGUAGAGAAGCGCGAGGCCAACCCAGAGAAUGUUGACGCCGGACACUUCCUCGAGAAGGCUUACGUCUGGGGCGGCUACAGGAAGGACGCUGCGGGGGAAGAGGCCGCUGUAGAGAAGCGCGAGGCCAACCCAGAGAAUGUUGACGCCGGACACUUCCUCGAGAAGGCUUACGUCUGGGGCGGCUACAGGAAGGACGCUGCGGGGGAAGAGGCCGCUGUAGAGAAGCGCGAGGCCAACCCAGAGAAUGUUGACGCCGGACACUUCCUCGAGAAGGCUUACGUCUGGGGCGGCUACAGGAAGGACGCUGCGGGGGAAGAGGCCGCUGUAGAGAAGCGCGAGGCCAACCCAGAGAAUGUUGACGCCGGACACUUCCUCGAGAAGGCUUACGUCUGGGGCGGCUACAGGAAGGACGCUGCGGAGGGAGAGGAUGCUGUCGCCGUCUGA